CCUUCAAAAAAUCUAGUUUGUUUUUGUGUUAAUAUAUUUCUUUUACAUUUUUGCGUUUAUGGUAACGAUAUUGACUUUCGGUGCUCUGUACCUUCUUAUGCACUUUAGUACAUACAUAAGUAUCUAUAAACUCACGCCUAUUUUUCACCAGGGUAAGGAAAGACUAUGGAAUUCCAUUUGCUUCGAUUCUGACACACUUCUCUUGCUUCCUCCACUCUCUCGUUUCAUACACGCACGCCGGCUCAGAAUCGAUCGUACGGCCAGGUAACACACGAUCACCAAUUUGGUCAAUGUACGUCCUUUUAGGUCUUCCUCUGCCAGCCCUACAACCAACCUUCGCUUUAUAUACCGCUUUCGUAAUCCUUUUAUCCCUUAUCCGCUGAACGUGUCCAAACCAACUUAAACAUUCCCUUCUCAAUCUUAGUCACUAUAUCGUCUUUUACACCACAUGUCGUUCUUAUCAUACUCGUAUUAUUUCUCACUCUAUCACUCAAUUUAACACCGCAGAUGCUACGCAACGACCUCAUUUCUACGGUAUUAAUCCUACUUUCAUUCUUCUUCUGCCAUACCCAACAUUCACUACCGUACUUCAAGUCCAUGGACAAGUAUUGCAUUGUGUACUUUAGUGCCAUGUCAAAUUCACUUUUUUGAUUGAUUGAACUGUAUGUCUCUAAAUGUCAAAUAUGUUAUAAAGCGAUAGGGUUCUAAAACGUAUUGUUCAUGACUGUAGGUACGUAUUGCAUACAGUCAGUCUGACUGCACCCCUAUCCUUACUAUAUUUACUAAUGGGAAUUCGACUUUAUGUAGUUAUGAAAUAGUUUCAUCUGAAUCCCGCAGGAAUUUCCUUUGCUUUAACAUUCUCUUGAACUUGAACUGAACUUUGCUCGUACUUGCAAAGCUGUACUGAGAGUAGGUACCUAUCUUUUGAAAGUUUGCUUGAAAUAAGUACUUAAAUGUAACAUUUAGUUACUUAGGGAAAGUUUUUCUUCUAUAAAUGUAGAGUUUAUUCAACAAUUAGACACGUGUAUAAUUCAACAAUUCUUUGAAUUAGAACCACUUAUUCAUUAGUCACAGAUUAUUGUCGACCUUAGUAUACUUACCUAUUCAGUGUUUUAAUCGUUAUUGUGAGCAUGAAUAGCUAAUUUAGACGCACAUUAGAAAAUAAAUUCUUUAUUAUACAAGAAUAAAUAAUAAAUUAAAAAAAUAUCUACUUAAGUAAUUAGAUAUUUUGCUAUGAAAGGGUGUUUAAGAUUUAAAAAAUGGGAAUUUUCCCAAAAGCCAAAAAGCAGGCCGCAAUAUUCACCAUUUGUUCGCGUCCAAACUCUCAGCUGCGCGAUUAAUUUUCCGACUUUACGGAAAAAUUAAAAAGUAUAAUAAAUAUGGCGGCGUGUGUGUUGCGCAUGCGUGCGCCAUCGACUGGACGGAGCCGGGCUGCCCUGCAGUCGCGUUGUGAUGUUCGCGCUCGGAUGGGCGGCGCGGGUUGGGCGCGCGGCGAAGCGCGCGUUGCCGACGAUUCCGAUUUCGAAACACUGAAAAGUCUUCUAUCCAAAGAAGAAGGCUGGACAUUAGAGUACGAACGAGACGGCGUCAAAGUGUGGGCAGAGGAUGCCGCGCACGGCGCCCUGCGGACGGUCAAGGUGGUCGCUGAGUUCGAGGAUGUGGAGCCAGACGCUCUGUACGACGUGUUGCACGACCCCGAGUACCGGUCGGUGUGGGACACGCACAUGCUGGCCGCGGAGGACGCCGGUCACAUUAACGUCAACAACGACGUGGGUUACUAUGCCAUGUCGUGCCCGGCGCCGCUCAAGAACCGCGACUUCGUGCUGCAGCGGUCCUGGCUGGACACUGGCGACGAGAAGAUGAUCCUCAACCACUCCGUCUACCACAAGGACUACCCGCCCCGGAAGGGCUACGUCAGAGCUAUAUCUCUGCUGACGGGGUUCGUGGUGCGAUCUCGUCCACAGAAGAAUGGCAGCUGGUUGGGAUAUGUCUCAAGAUCUGAUCCCCGUGGCGCCUUGCCUGCUUGGCUUGUUAACAGGGUAACUGCCCAGCUGGCGCCUCGUUUAGUCCACCAGCUACAGGCAGCCGCUCGUAAAUACCCCGGCUGGAAGGCGCUCACCGACCAUCCCUACUACAAACCUUGGCGGCACCCAGAACAGGUCCCGCCCUACAGGAUCUCUUUGGAGGAUUGUAUAGACCCAGACGCGCCGCCGCCGCCACAAGAGCAGAAACCGGUUACAUCCAAAGCGAAACUAGAAGUGCCACAGCCUAAGGAAGUAAGCCACAGCGUAGAAGACUUGGGAGACAUAUCAUCAGAGUUCAGCGUGGAAGUAGAAGAGGACGUGCCGGACCUCGCAACGGACCCCACGAAAAAGAAAGGCAAGUUCUAUAAGCUGGUCAAGUCUAUGAAGAACAGAAGAAAGAGCGUCCAAGUUGCCAAAAGCGCGGAUAAUCUUAUGGAAGCAAAACCAGGGGAGGAAAAGGAAAAGAAGAAGGGAUUCAAGUUCCAUCGUAGGUUUAGUCUAAGUAGAGGUAGGGAAGAUUGACGUGCGGUGACUGAUCACAAGCAGGUGGCAACGGAAACAUGGCAACAGUUUCCCUACACAGAUGGAAAUCCCAUUUACAGCACUUAUCUUUUAACCCGUGGAAAUUAACUAGAAACCUCACAUCAAUCGGGUUGCAUAUCAGCGAGUUUUCUAGUCGAUUCGCACGAAUUAAGCCUACUGUCUACGUUAACUGCACGUCAUGCGGAUAAAAACUGUCUAUUUCUCCCAUCAGGUGUCAUUACUGUUGAGUGUUCUUAAAUUUUGACAGUUUCUCAUACUAUUUGAGUAAACAAGCAUAUUAUUUUGUGUUAUAUUUUUACACUUAUUGGGUAUAUGAUGACCCUUUUAAUACACCAAGGUACAAUUCCAACUUCCACCUAUUAUUAUUCUCAUCAAAAUAAAGAGAAGCAAUAUAGGUAGCAACAUCAUUCUAUAUAUAAUGUGAUCCAAAUAUCAAGCAACAAUUAGUGUUAUAUAUGCUUCUGCCAUUACAUUACAUUUUUGAAUAAUUAAAUGCCCCAGCAAUGAGAAAAUAGGUAAUUAUCACGUUAAAGGUGAACAACGCCAUCUAUCGUGUGUUUGGGGAACGUCGAUUGGAAAUUCCCUCAUUGACCGUGUGCGCGUGAUGUGCGGUUUACGUGACUAGACUUCACACUUCUUCUUCUUCUUCUUUUUCUUCUUCUUCUUUUCUUUUUGUAGACUUCAGAGUGAGGGUACAUGAUACCUCCUGACAACACAGUACUUACAUUGAAAUAAUAUCGGUACGACGUGACAAUAGAGCGGUUAUAGCAUGUGAUAAUAAUAUGAUACCAAUAAAGCUGCUGUCUCCGCAAAAUUAAGUCGUGGUGAAAAUAUUCGAAUUCCGAAUUUUGCAUUAGGAGGGCCCUAAGGGAAAUUGUUGUAUAGUGUUGUCACUUGGCUUGUAUAGGCAUUGGUACUGAAGUGAAAUCGGUUAGUGGUUUACAUCGGGUUGUUAAAAAAAGCAGGGUGUGCUAUUCUUGUUCAAACUUUGUGUUAAAAGACUUUCCUGAAACAUUUAAAAUAAAGAAUACCUACCUAUAAAAAAGAAAAGAGAUGCGAUGAUGAAGAUUUUAUACGCAUUAAAUAAAGCAAUGAUCUUUAUACCAUAGAGGCUUGACUUCGUUAAGUUUCUGACAGAUGUAUUGUUUUGUUGUAACCAAGAAGAACACCACUCAAACACAAAAAUGCAUUUAUCUCAGUUUGACCUCUCUUUGGAAUGGAACGUUCUGCAGAACUAGGUCCAAUUCAGAGGAAAUAAAAAAAAAACAAAAUGUUUAUAUAAGAAUCUAUUUAAUACGAAAGUCUCUCUUUUAAGUAUUGUUGACAAACUUUAACUUUACGCUAAUGCUACCAGGCUGUUUGUAUCUAAAGCCGUAAGUUUAAGCCCACACUAUAGAUGGGACUUUGUGAUUCCGCCAAAUAUUAUGUGUAUUUUCUCAUCUUGAUUUCAUGUUUGGAUGUAAUAGUGAGCUAGUAACAUAGCAUAACAUUGCAUCACGCCUGUGUCCCCGAAGGGGUAGGCAGAGAUGUAUAGUAUACACACCCACUCCUCGUCAGCUAUGUUUAAGUCCCAUGUAAUAAGGGGCGAGCCAACGGGGGUGAGCUAGUACGUGUAAUAAUACAGGAUGUAAGUGACAUCGUAACGAAUACUGAGAGGGAUAAUUCAAUAACUCAGAACCAUGGUCUGAAUCAUCAUCAUCAGCCGUACGACGCCCACUGCUGGGCAUAGGCCUUCCCCAAGGAUCUCCACGACGAUCGGUCCUGCGCUGCCCGCAUCCAACGGAUUCCCGCGACCUUCACCAGAUCGUCGGUCCACCUUGUAGCGGGCCUACCCACUGAGCGUCGUCCGACACGUGGUCUGAAUACAUUGGCCUUAUACGUCUGCUUCAGACUAUUUAUGACGUCAUUGCCUCGAAGAAAUGCAACCCCUGAAUAACCCCCUUAGUAUUCGUUACGAUGUCACUAACACCCUGUAUGUAACUGAAGCUCAAGACACACAGAAGCGGCCCCGAUUUGGAUCCGAUUUUCAUGUGGCCGGAUGUUCUCGAACCUUACAAAAAUGAGUUCCCUCGGUCUCUGUAAUGUUCCCGCUGCGGCGUCUAUGUGUCUUGAGCUUAGUUUAUUGAACAUAUCGACAACGCACAUAAUGUCGAAAUAUCAUUAAAACAUGGUGAUAAAUGGAAGAACUUCACAUAAUCCAUAGAGCCUUAUCAAACAACUGAUUAUUUUAACGUAGGCUUUGAUACGCUGCUAUUUUCUUCGUCGUGAUUGUUCCAACGUUGAUCGUUGGCAUGUUAUUGUGGUGAAGAGAUUUGCCAAUCCAUCAUUAUGGCGCUGUGCAGACGACGAACACUUCAUAUUAUACCUACUAUUCAACUUAUAACGAGAUGGGUUCACAUAAACUCACGCCUAUUUCCUGCCGGAGGGGCAAGUAGAGACUUGCUUCUUAAAAAAAUGAUCAAACUUGAUACACGCGCGCCGUUCAGAGUAGAUCGUGCCAAUUCGGCAGAUGUCAUAGUAUACGAUCCCACGCGUCCAACAGUGCCAAGUAGAAAGAAAAAUAGACCUCACUAUUGUACGACAAUAAUGUAAAGCAAAAAGAGUCUUCUACUCUUUUAUUUUAUGGUCUAAGUACGCUUCGCUGUUUGCGCAGCGCCUCUAUCAAUGCUUACGCUAAAAUCAAUCUUGUGGCUCAUAUAUUGAGCUUAUUGAAAAAUAUCACACAAACAUGUGCGUACUAUAAACUAAAAACUGACCUCAUCGAGAGAGAUUGUUAGAAAUUGUAGAAAUCUUUUGUAAACAAUAAAAUUUGGUCAUAAGAAAUAACUUGUUGAUGUAGCUAGAAUACUAAUGAGAUAAAAGUGAAAAUCAAGUUGUUCGCCUAUAUAUUGCAAGAAUCCGCUUCGGAAAUCUGGAUAAAGGUCUUGAAUCAUAACCCCUAUCUGAUCUAAGCAUACAAUAAUGCUAGCUGCGCACAAAGCCAGGAAACCGAGACAAGAAAUUCUUUGAGGUUUCAUGAAAAUGUUGGCGUUCUUUGUCAUCGUGGUAAGACCUAAUCGUCCGUAUAAAAGACCUUAAACUGGUGACAAAGAGAAUUGAAAAUAAAUCAUGAAUUUUGCGCCGGAAAAUUCAACUUGAUAACUCAGAAUCAUGAUCUGAAUCAUCCCCCUCAGUGUUCGUUACGAUGUCACUCACACGCUGUAGGUAUAGGUGUGAAAUCGUUCAGACGCUGAUAACUGAACGCAGCCAUUGUCGCUUCAUUUCAGGUUCCGAUAAACGGUUAUUGCGUUGUAAGACUUGUCGCGCACUAGAGGCUUCGGCACAUCAGAAGCAGGUGAGAAGCAGUUUGAGUGCGGGUUCCACGCAUAUUGUAUGCAAGAAACUAUACAACAUCGCUGCUUUGGACCUGGUUUUGGUCUACCGAAACCUUAAAAUAAGUACAUAUACUUAAACAAUAAGCAAUAAUUACAACUGUGAGAAUUUUCUUUACUACUAUUGAAAUGUCUUCCUCUUUACUCUAUUUCGUAAAAAGUAUCUUUAUACUAAAACGUUGUUACAUAAACCAGAUUUAAUCCGAUCUAAUUGUCCUAUUAUUGCCUCAAUUAUAAAAGAAAUUGAGCUUGUUUGCGGUGUUGAGAAAAAGUUAAUAGUUUUAAGAGCGAUUUGACAAAGAUCACGUUCUCGACAGAACAAUACGUUUUUUCCCUCUAGAGAAUUCUGUGAGACAUAAAAGAUUAGCCAUAAUACGACGUUUUUUCUCUGUGAUAGAUUGUUUUUCAUUCGGUAUAUUUCAAGUGCAAGGUCAACCAAAGGGUUUUUUAUUCGUAAGAGUGAAUAGAUUUCCAAUAGUAUGUAGACAAUUUGCAAUCGGGUAGAAAAAGUUUAUUAUACGCUGAUUUUGUACGGUGUCUCUUGACAAUAUGUCAUUUAUAAAUCUACUGUAGUUUUUCCCUAUUUCAUCAAAAGUAUCUAGCAAACAUGUUAUUAUUCAUUUUUAAUGUUACAAUAACCUAGACUACUUUUUGUAUCAAUGCAUGACUUUAAUGUACUUAAGAUUUUCUGUUUAUAUAACAUUGUAUUACUUACUUGUAAAGCUUUGCUGUCUUAUACUGAAUGCUUCUAAUGUUAAGUACGUAUACUCUUAUCUUUAGGGCCCUGUCUCACUGGGCACCAUUUUGCAGUACUUAUAUAAAGGCUAUCAUCUCAUGACACCAAGUGCCAACUGCAUUCAUUUUGUAAGUGGCGCGAUCGCUGUUGUGCCUCCAUUGUGUUCUAGGGAGAUACGGCCCAAAUAAUAUGUAACUAUGUUUAAAGUUUUCUUACCUCAUACGUUUACAUCUGUGCCUUCGAUCUAUUUUAAAGACUUUGCAGACGAUUGACUUUGUAGUUCAUUUUUGUAUGUGUUUUCAAAACCUCGUAAGCGCAUUUUUGCCAAAUUUUAAUGACAUUAUUCUAAAGUGAUUUUAUUCAGAAAAACCUAAAAUCACACGCUGGUUAAAAUUGAAACUACUUCUACUUCAAGACCCUGCUCUAUAUCAAGUUCAAAAUGUAAAGUUAUCGAAGAAAAACUCAGUCUUAUUACACUCAAAUUAUUUGGGCGUGAAAAAGUAAUUGAAAAUUACGUAAUUUGUACCAAAUUCCAUCGUCUGUUAAGUCUGUACUUGUGUAUAUUUUAAUGUGUGUGUCUAUUAAUACUAUUCAUUACGCUAAUAUUUACUUUAUCAAUAAACUCGCAUAUCCUUAUUCUGAAAUCUAUAAACAUAUAUGUAUCAUUCAGUACCUACCUAGGUACUAAAACUUUUUUCACUGUUCGUACUUAAGUGCUCAAUUUUCUGUAGACGACUGUUAUAUCAACUAAACAUACAAAAAAGAGGCAGGCUUUUAUAAAGAAGCUGUUAUUGUAAUUUAUAGAUAGAGAUGUUUUAUUCAUAAUGUGCAAUCUAAGUAUAUAUACAAAAAAGUAAUUCAGUUGAGAUGUAUAGAGAACGUAAGCUAGGACAAAUUGUCGCCUUAAAAAAAAACAAGUACUUAAGAGCGUCUUUUUGAAAACAAAAUCUUAAAAAAAAUAAAAAAUGUUUAUUGCAGUAACAUUUGGUACACAUAGCAUUAAGUAAGGGUUGGAAUCUCCUUUUAAGCAGGCAUAUGCUUGUAUUAGGAGACUCCGCUCUACCGUAACAAUUUUGUAUUAGGACCUAUUUCAUAAA